AUGCUCCUCUCCCGCGUCUUCAAGUCUGAGAGGAUCCUGCUCUCGGCUGACCGCCUCACCGCCACCAGCUCCAAGGGCUACCGCAUGGUGCGCGCCACGCACGGUAUCGCGGCUAGAGCGUGGUACUUCGAGGUCAAGGUCAUGCACCUCGGUUCCACCAGCCACACCGGCCUCGGAGACAACUAUGGUGAUGAAGGGUACGGUGAAGGAGAUGUGCUAGGGUUUUACAUCUCUCUGCCUGAUGGUGAGAGGUAUGAGCCUCAAGUGAAUAUGAACAACAAGGGCAAGCCUUUUCUUGUGCAAGGGCAGGACGCAUUGGCUCAUGUUCCAGGGAGUAAGAUAUGCUAUUUCAAGAAUGGGAUGUGCCAAGGCCUUGCCUUCGAGGACAUUUUAGGAGGGAGGUAUUACCCAGCUGCAUCGUUGUAUACUAUGCCCAACGAGUCCAACUGUGUAGUAAAAUUUAAUUUUGGGCCAAACUUCAACUUCUUCCCACAAGACUUUGGUGGGUUACCGAUCCCUCAACCAAUGAGUGAGGUGCCUCGUCAGGCCUUGAGGUGA